GUGGGCUUGUUUGUUGACGGGAUAGGUAUUGUCAGAAAACUGGUCAGUUUCCUACCGGCAGUAUUUUCAAAGGACACCGCCCAGAAAGACCCGCCUCAUUCCUUAUGAAAAGCUGCUAGCAUCAUGUUCGUCUACUGAGUUCACAUCACAACAAUUAUAACGUAAUAUACAUUUGAAGUCUGUGAGGACCUUUGACGCGUUUACCUUACUCAAACAUAGAUCUCCUCAAUCAGGUAUGAGUCACCCCCAGCAGACCACAACACUUCCAACAGCCCCAGAAUCCCCAGCUCUGGGUGUCACCAUCAGCGGCAAUGUUCAGAAAUACGCCAUCAAGAAGAAGAAGAUCCUCAACACCGAGGAGAGCGAGCUGUUUGAGCUGACCCAGGCAGCUGGGAUUGCUGUGGACCAGGAGGUCUUCAAGAUCAUUGUGGAUCUGCUCAAAAUGAAUGUGGCGCCUCUGGCCGUCUUCCAGACAUUGAAGGCAAUGUGUGCCGGACAAAGGAUUACGGACACCUCGGACCUCUCCACAGCGUCCCAAACAGCCACAGCCCCGACCGAACCCAGAGUAGACGACUCACUUGUGUCUGGCAAGAGCAGUAAAAUCCCCGCUCCUCUCCCCCCGCCCUCUGGCCCACGGCCGGCGAGAGUAAACUCAAAGAUCGUGGUCUACAGCCCAGCCGAAGCUUGCGCUCCUCUCUCUCAAGGUCCCCCUGGUUCCUUCCACUUUACUUGCUGCCUGUUCUCUCCCUUUGCAGUGCGGGGCAAGGUGGUCCAGGGCGGCCGGGACGGGUCCAGCCAGCGGGGCCCUCGGCAGGCCAGCGCCUCGCGGGGCCAGAAGAGUGCCAAGAGCUCCGGCAGCAGCAGCUCCUCCUCACAGCUCGCCUCCAGCUGAGCCCCGCCCGCUCUCCGGGACUCCCAACAGCGCUGUGCUCCGCAGUCUCAUCUCAUCUUUAUUUUUCUUUCUUUCUUUAAAAAAAAUUUCUGUUGGUGGUGACUUGGCAAAUGCAUGUGACCCUCUAUAACAAUGUGGAAAUGGCAAAGCCGAUUCUCUUAUUUUUAUAUUUAUUUGCAAUAAAUGUGAUUUACUUGGUUUAUAUUACAUGAUUGAGGUGUGUAUAUUUGGUGCCAAUUUCCCCCCCAUUAGACUGAAUUUGAAAUAACCAGGUAAAAAAAGCACACAAUGACAGAUGGGUGGGGUAAUAGUGGGGCUUUUAAGCUGACAAUGGCUCAAGGUGAGAAAUGGUACUAAGGGCCUCUUUUAGCAUGAGUGUUCAACCAUUUCUUUUAUGCGUAGGCCCUCCUCCAUGUGCCCCAUUUUACCUGAUUCAGUUAUCUUGGAAAAUUACGACCGUGUUCUUCAUUUACCCAGGAGUUUUUACUUUCUAGUCUUAUUUGGAUAAAUGUGGGUGGCUGUGUUUAAAGAGGUGAAAAUAUUGUUAUGAGCAGAACUGCUCAAAUGGUUGACUCCUCACCUCUGUAGAAGGGUUAAUAGAAGGCGAUGCUGCUGUACUUGGCCCAGUUCACACACACUUUCAGGUCAGGCUGCUCAAAAUUGUACUCUACAAAUUCUGAGAGGCUGUAAUAAUUGUUUCAUCCUUUUGGCUAAGAUCAAGAUUUGAAAUGCUGAAGGCCAGACCGUGCCAAGGCUUGUGCCAAAAGUAAUGUAAAAUAGGUUGCCUCAUGCAUCUCACUUGUGAUUCCACUUUAACAAAUAUUUUUGAAAGAUUUUACUGUAAAAUAAAUUAUUUAUCUUUUCCUCUUA